UUACUCUGAACCACAGAAGGGAAAAGAAACAAGCGGCAACAAUGGCGGUCCUAUCCAUCUCACUGUCUCAACCUUCUCCAACUUCCAUGGCUGCGUUACUGGGUCCAUCAUCAUCAUCAUCAUCAUCAUCAAUCACAUCGACAUCUUCGUCGAGCAGAAUUGGUCGCCAAAAUAUUUGCCGAUCACAAUCCAUCCCUCUCAUGCCGUAUCUCACUUUCCGACGACAGUCAAUUACGCGCAGCCUCCGUCGGAGACCACAGAUCGUGCGCAUGGCUCCCGAAGAAGAGAAGAUGACUCGCCGUUCCCCUCUCGACUUCCCUAUCGAGUGGGAAAGACCAAAACCUGGGCGCAGACCAGACAUCUUCCCCCAAUUUAGCCCAAUGAAAACUCCAUUACCUCCACCAUUACCGGCUGAUCCUCCUGAAGAAGAUGAAGAGGAGGAAGAACAGAAAGAGGAGGAAGACGAUCCUGAGAAGGAGAACCCAGAUAAGCCGGAAAACCAGUGGUAUUGAUUCUCUAGUUUAGAUAGGGAGAGCAGUCCACGGAACAUUGUUGGACACUAUGUGCUGUGAUAUGCUUGUUGUCAAGCUUAGCUAGCACUGUUUUGCCACAUUGAUCAAGUUGAACAAAUCUGCAAUAUUUAGCUAUCUGCAGCAUCUUUAUUGUAGGCGUUUGUUGAUCAAAUUUUAGUAAAUUUUUGUCAAAUUUCCAUGAUUUAGAAUUUGAAAAUUAUUAACAGCAGAUUGU